CUGUUCCACUCCAGCUGAUUUUGCUUUAGACCCCGAUAUCUCCUAAUGGGACCUUACAUCGUCCACGAACCACUGUUUGGAAGUCCCUGGUUUCCUUUAUUUCAUCAAACUCAGAUCUACCUUUCACUAAUCCCCUGGAGCUGGAUGCUGUAUUCAUGUAUGCGGCCAUCCCCCUUCCCAGUGUCCGCUGGAAGGAGGAGUUUAACCCUACAUUGUCUGGGAGGAGUCCGCAGUCUCUUGGCGCUCCGUUCCAGGAUCGUUUGCUCUGGAAACGGUAAUUCCGUGGAAGACCCUAAGAGAAACCAACUUUAUACGUGCAUUUUAAGCUAUUACUUUAUAUGUGAGUGUUUGUAAGAGAGAAACAUGUGAAUGCAGCGUGAAGCAGAGGAAGCAUUACCCGGUGAGCCAGAUGACGGAAGGAGGAGUUUAUUUUGAGAAAUGAGGCACAUGUAGAAGCCCCAGCCUGAGAAGACACUUUUAGAGAGGCCAGGAUGGGAAAUUCAGAGAGCCAGUACAGCAUCGAGGGUCCAAAAAGGACAAGUUUUACUUUACCUGGAAAACAGAAGCCAUAUUCAUUAAAGCUUCGCUCAGCCAAAGAUGACGUUUUGUCACCACAUAUGUGGUGGAAAAACACACCACUAGGCUCAGGCUACAAGGGCAGGUGUGUUGGUCGCGGCUGCUUGUCCCCCCCUAAAAGCAAACAACCUUACUCUGCCCAGCACUGUGAUUAUGUCUCCAGAGGAGCAAGGGGAAGCCCAAGUGAGUAUCGCUGGCAUCGGUCCCCUGGAUGUAGCAUGCAAAGGCGGUAUAUGUCAGAUGACUAUGAAGAGAAUCCGUAUGGAGCUGAGAUCAAAGAGCACGCACUGAACGGACACAGUGACGAGCAUGAGGUUUUAGAAGAACAGAGCAGUCCAAGGGUGGUGAUCAAGAAGGAUGGUACUCUCAGGGUGGAGUUCACCAACAGCUCAGGCAACCCCCUUCUCCUAAAUGAAGCCUCUGGUCCUGUUCAGCUCCUGAAGUUUUCUCCUAAUCUGGAGUCUGCCUCCACUCCCAGCCUGCCUGGUUCCAGUGGUAGUAGGCAGGAUGACCGCCGCAGUGCUCCACCUCCAGCCUCUACCUCCUCCACUGCCAGAACCAGCAAGGGGAGCUCACUAAGCUCUGAUGGCUCCUGGUAUGACUCUCCAUGGGGGCCCAGCACUGAACUCUGUGAGCAGGACCAACCUUGUUCUGCUAGCAGAACGUUGGUGCACACCCCCAUCCACCAGCUAGACUCAUUUGCAGAACAGUCCCCCCCUGUGUCCAUCACAGACCUGUACAGGGACUCCACAAUGGCUGCUACUUUUCCCACAGCCAGGGAAUUAUCUUCACAGCUUCAGGAGCCCUUGCUGGGCCAGAGACCACAACGAUCCUCCUUUGCAUCUGUUCUGGAUGUUCCUCUGGAGGAAGAAUGCCCAACAUCCCGCCAGUACGCGUCAUACACCCUGCCCUGUCGCAGGCCUAAAGCCCACACCAUUAGUGAGGACUUGGACCAGUUCCAAAACCACGCACAGCCCCAGGAGCAGGCUGGCCAGGACUUUGGCUUUCAUAAGAAAGGGUCCAUCAAAAACCGCAUUAGACGCUUCAGCGACUGGACCGGCAGUCUCAGCCGCAAGAAGAGGAAGUCUCAGGAGACCAGGUACAAGGACCUAAGCGAUCCCUUCGAUAGCGGGGUGGACGGCUUGACUGCAGACACCAGCUCUCCUUCUCAAGUUUCCAGCCUCUUCUGGUUCCCCGGAGCCUCUAGGGCCCAAUCUUCAGGAGCAAUUCACCAAACAACAAACGAUGUCCUCCGCCAGAACAUCUACGAGAACUUCAUGAGGGAGCUGGAGAUAGGCACCGGACAGGGUGGAGGCGAAAGAAGAGACCCAUCCACAGGCACAGAGGAGGGAGAGAGCAGCAGUGAGUCGGCCGAGGGCUCCCUGGAGGAGCUGGAUCUUCUGUUUGAGAAGGAGCAGGGGGUGGUCAGACGAGCCGGUUGGCUAUCCUUCAAACCUCUUAUCACCCUUCACAAGGACAGGAAGCUGGAGCUGGUGACCCGCCGCAAGUGGAAGCAGUAUUGGGUCACCUUGAAAGGUUGCACAUUGUUAUUCUUUGAAACCUACGGUAAAGGCUCCCCAGAGCAGGAUCUGUCACCUCGCUACGCCCUCCUGGCCGAGGACAGCCUCGCCCAGGCUGUUCCUGAACACCCCAAGAGGGAAAACGUGUUCUGCCUUAGUAACUCCUUUGGAGACGUCUACCUAUUCCAGGCCAGCAACCAGACCGACCUGGAAAACUGGGUGACAGCCAUCCACUCUGCCAGUGCCUCGCUGCUGGCCAAGCGCCAGGGAAAGGAGGAUACUGUGCGGCUGCUGCGGAGUCAGGUCCGCGGCUUGCUGCAGAAGAUUGACAUGGAUGGGAAGAUGAAGAAGAUGGCCGAGCUGCAGAUGACCGUAGUCAGUGAUCCCAAGAACCGCAAGGCUAUUGAGAAUCAGAUCCAGCAGUGGGAGCAGAAUCUGGAGCGGUUCAACAUGGACCUCUUCAGGAUGCGCUGUUACCUUGCCAGUCUGCAGGGUGGAGAGCUGCCUAACCCAAAGAGCCUGCUUGCCAUCGCUAGCCGGCCCACCAAGGCCACCUUAGGACGCCUGGGGAUUUUCUCUGUCUCCUCCUUCCAUGCUCUGAUCUGUUCCAGAGAUGAGGCCACAGUCAGGAGGCGCUCCUUGUCUGUUACUUGCAGACAGCGUAAAAGAGGCCUAUUCUCCUCACUUAAAGGCCUCGACAACCUCACUAAAAGAGGCCGGGACAAGAGACCCUCUGCAUCUCAGAUCUUUGAGAGCAUUGCUGGAGGUCAGACAUACGCCCUGCCUCCCAGAAGCUCUGAGAGACUGGAUGUACUGACCAACAUCUACUCCAUGUCGCCCCCUGAGGGUGGUAAUUGGGACAGUAUCGGUGGCACCUCAGACAUGCUGACAUGCGUCCACAUGCCAGACGGCCUGACAAUCCAAGUUUCAGUCAAAAGAGAACAGACAGCUGCCGACCUUCUCUGUGAAGCCUGCAAGGUGAAACAGCUGGACCCGGGCGCGCACUGCCUCCGACUGCACAGACGAGCAGGACAGGAUGUGGAGGUUCGAUAUGUAGGACUUGGCGAGUUCCUCCAGGAUGUGGUUAGUGAUCAGCUGGAGGUUGUCCCACUUAAUAUGUUUACGCUGCAAAUGAGAAGGCCAAGCAGCUCUGCAGACUAUGGUUUUGCAGUAACGGGUCAUAUAGACAGCCAGAAGAACAGCAGGAUUUUUGUCAGUGAAGUACUCCCUGAUGGACUGGCUUUCAUUGAAGGUCUCCGUCCAGGUGACGAGAUCCUGGUGCUGAAUGGCCGGUGUGUGUCAGGUCUGGACCUGGGGUUGAUCCAGACUCUGUUUGCUGAACAAACCCUGCACCUGAGGCUGAGGCGGGAUGGUCUGGUGGUGCCAGUUAUGGCUUCAGACUGCCUGGCCCAUCCCUGCAAACAUAACCAGGAGGUUCUUAGCAAACACCACAGAGCAAAGUCCUCAUCAGAUGUUUGUGCUGCAGUUGACUGUGGAGAGUCUUUGUGCGUAGGACUGGAGAACGGUCACUCCCACUGCGCACACAGGCCUGUUCAGCACAGCAAGAGCGUGGACACGGUGUGCACUCUCUACCAAACCUUCCAGGAAGGCUCAGGCACUGUGGAAAUGAAGGACAACGGCAGGGAGCCUUCGGUGAGGCCGGGAGGGGAAGUGGGCUCGGGUUCUACCAGAGAGGGUACCCUGCUCAGGCCCUGCCCCAAGCAUAUGAGCGCCACCGAGAGGCUGCGCAAGGUCAUCCAGGAGCUGGUGGACACAGAGAAGUCCUAUGUGAAGGACCUGGACUGUUUGUUCAAGAUCUACCUUAAACCCCUGCAGAAUGAAACCUUUCUAACACUGGAUGAGAUGGAGAGCCUGUUUGGCAGCCUGCCUGAGAUGCUGGACUUUCAGAGGGUCUUCUUGCAGACUCUUGAGGAAAGGAUUGCCUCCUCUCCUGACUUCAACACCCUAGAGACUCCCUCCCAGUUUAAGAAGCUGUUGUUUUCUCUCGGGGGUUCGUUUCUCUACUAUGCUGACCACUUCAAGCUCUACAGUGGCUUCUGUGCAAACCACAUCAAGGUCCAACAGGUCUUAAAGAGAGCUAAGACGGAUCAGGCCUUCAAAGAAUUCCUGGAUGCGAGAAACCCCACCAAGCAGCACUCCUCCACUCUGGAGUCAUACCUGAUUAAACCGGUGCAGAGGGUGCUAAAGUACCCCCUGCUGCUGAGGGAGCUGGUCUCCCUCACUGACGUAGACAGCGAGGAGCACUACCACCUCACCGAGGCUCUAAAAGCCAUGGAGAAGGUGGCGAGCCACAUCAAUGAGAUGCAGAAGAUCUACGAGGAUUACGGCUCCGUGUUUGAUCAGCUAGUUACCGAGCAGACCAGCCAUGAUAAAGAGGUCACAGAGAUUUCUAUGGGAGAGUUUCUUGUGCACUCCUCUGUGAUCUGGCUCAACCCUCAUCCAUCGUUGGGCCGCAUGAGAAAAGACCCCGAGCUGACUGUGUUUGUCUUCAAGAAAGCAGUGAUAUUGGUCUACAGGGAAAACGGCAAGCUGAAGAAAAAGAUGACGAACCCUCGCUCUGCGCUUUGUCACGGAGAUUCUGACCCGUUCAAGUUCCGCUGGCUCAUCCCACUCUCUGCGCUGCAGGUCAGACUGGGAAACACUGCAGGAACAGGCACGGAAAGCAGCUGCAUCUGGGAGCUGAUUCACUCCAAGUCUGAGGUGGAAGGCAGACCAGAGACAGUCUUCCAGCUGUGUAGCAGUGUGCCAGAGAGCAAGGUCAGCAUCAUCAAGGUGAUCCGCUCCAUCCUCAGGGAGAAUGUGAGGAGGAAUAUGAGGAGUGAAGGGACAUUGGAGAGGAGCUGCAGGGAACGCCUGACCCCUCUACGAAGCGCCGUGCCCUCCUCCGCCAGACUAGGUUCCUCCAGGGCUUCCUGGUUGUGUAAGCAGCCACUUGAGGAUGUCUCCACCCAGGUUGGGAAUCCCAAGCCGGGGCCAGACUCAGAUGAGGGAAGCCUAAGCAGUGGGACUUACAGUUUUUCUGGGGCUCCACCAGCUUCCACCUCCUCUGAAUCGCAUAUUUUCCCUGCUCAGCAUAACUGGUCUCAGUCUCAUGGGUCCGACUCGCAACCCCGCUCCACCUCUGUGAAAGAGUCGGACAUUUUAAGUGACGAGGAUGACGACGGCUUUAGUGAGGGGGGCGCGAGGAGGGACAGUGGAGACAGUAGUUCACCAACUAGCGCAAUCGAAGCUCAGUUCCUGCAGCUCAAACUGUCAGAAGACGCUGUUUCAAAGUGCACUCCAGCCCCGUGUGUUCAGCCAGAGGUAAUGGGGGACACCCCGGAGGUCCAACCGAAGCUUAUGCAAAGACAUUUAAGUGCUGUUAAGAGAAAAAAUGGCACUGUCAGAAGGAACCAGGGGGUGCUAUUGCACAUGAAGGCGAAGAACAGUUCAUUGGACAGCCAGACAGAUCCAGCAUCAUCUUGUGGCGCAGUAGACCUCAACACACUGCUGGAGCGAGAGUUCAGUGUCCAAAGUCUGACAUCUGUUGUGAAUGAAGACUGUUUCUUUGACCCAGCUGACAGCUGUGCCACAGACUCGGGGAAUGCCACUUCGUCUUAGGGGACAACAUAGAAAAACUAAACCGUAUUGGUCCCAAAAGUUAGUAGUCACAAAGGUGAUGAAGCUGUCCAAAGUCCCAGUCCCACUAGUGGGGAAACCCCUGUGGCUAACUGUAGCCUCUGCCAGGGUGGCUGUGAAACUUUGCCUGAGCUCAGAAGCCAGUAAGUCUGACGCCUGCCGACAUAAAGGUUAGGUGUAAAUGAUCUCUUGGCUGGCAGACCUGGUUUCUUUUCAUAUGAAGUGCAGCGAAGUGAUUUCUGUCCAAGUGAUGACUGCAAUGAAUCUGCCAAGCACUGAUGUGAAUCUGUGAGCUCCUCAGCUCUCUGGGCUUUGCCUUCUCUCCCCAAACCAUCUGAGUGACAUAUUAUAUUCUGUCAGCUCCCCCAGCUUGCACUGAUUGGCAGUUUUUAUUUGAUUUUUGACCUUUUCUUUGAAGAAAUGGGGAGAAUGUCAUUGUCUGUCAAUCCCAAAUGCUUAAGAGAAGGAACAAACCCACAGUGCAUAUUGUAGCCACAGGACAUGAAGACAAAAGGUUUCUCAAGCAGGCACAGUAAUAAUUUUUGGCACUAUUUGCCAGGCAGAUUGCGGAAGUCUUUGGUUUAAUGUAACCAAAUGCUGUAGAUCACUGUUAAUACUAAUUUAAAACAAAAGACCGUUACAGUGAGCUAUCACAUCGUUCCACCUAAAGAACUGCCGUGGUCAAGUCAGACUUCUUGGCUCAAACAAACAGGAAGGAGACUGACUUACACAAUGAAGCCUUUUUGCUGUAUUUUGUGCACUAAAGUACACUGUUUGCCUAAAUAUAUAUUUGAAUUAUUUUUUGUAUAUGUACAGGUUUUAAUGUUAUUACGGCUGUUUUUAUUUAUUACUAGGACUGAUUAUAUCUCGGCUAAAAUACCUUUUUGGUGAAGGCUUGAACUCUUGGCUACUCUCAAAUUAACAAGAUAAUAGUUUUUUUUUUUUUCACUUCAUUUUAAAUGUAGCCGGCAGGAUUUGGUUGUUUGGCUAAAGAUUGUAAUUUCAAGUGUAUGCAUUGGAAUGACUGAUUUAAACUGCAAUAAUGUUUUAAAUCCAAUGUCUCUUUUUUUUAUUUUUUGUACACAUCCUGUAUAUAUAUGAUCUUUUCUAACAUUUACGUAUGCUCAAACAUACUUGACACUGUACAGUAAAGAAGUAAGACAGGAAUAUGCAAUAAAUGCAGCUGAUAUUUUUGUAAACAUUGUUUGCCACAGCAUAUAAAGUACAUUUUUGUGGUACAAUACAAAAGGCAAACCCCUACCCUUCAGCUCAACUUUACCAUGCCUUUAAUGCUAGUGUACCAAUGAAUGUGAAAGCUCCUUUCUCAUGGACUUGUUUUAUAAAUAAAAGUUUAAUCUGUGAAUGAUA